UGGUCAAAAUAUCUCCGGCUUUGAGAUUUAUACCGUUAUGACGCUGACCUGCAUGCAUGUCGGUUCUCCGUAUAGACAUUCGAGGCUGUUAUCGCUGUAUUUGUUAAUUCGUCACUUCGGUCCAAUGUCCACGUGAUUUGUGUGAUCUGUUCAAUAUAUUCUCCUUAAAAAAGUACAUUAUAAUUUAAAAAAAUAACCAUCUAUGGAAGGCUCGCGCCGCAGGAAAAUUAAAACAAGUGACAGCAAACCGACAGAGCGAUCUUCCAAACUCACCGGGAAUUUUGAGUGCAAUGACACUGGGAAUUUUCCACAGAAAAGUAUUAGAGACGAGGGUGACGGUGCAUCAGUGUCUGAAAUGCCAGUUGAAUAUGAAGCCAAGGAGGCUGGAGAAUUUUCCAAAACUUUGCCAACCCGGUUGAGAGUAAAUUUGGAAAUUGAUUUAGUCGCUGUAAUUUUGUUACUCGGUGGAUUGGCAACUCGAUUAUAUCGAUUGGAAGAACCUCGGAGCAUAGUGUUUGACGAACUCCAUUAUGGGAAAUAUGUUGGACUCUACAUGAGAAAGACGUAUUUCUUUGACUCACAUCCACCUCUGGGAAAGCAGCUGAUUUCAAUCGCUGCUUAUUUGGCAGGUUUCGAUGGGAAAUUCAAAUUUGACCGGAUAGGAAGCGACUACACUGAUCUAGUUCCCCUUUUUGCUUUGCGAAUCAUCCCAGCUUUCUGCGGCAGCUUGGUACUGCCAACUGUUUAUCAUUUGGCUCUGGAAUUAGGCUUCAAACAAUGGAGUGCGACUAUAGCAGGAAUGAUGUUACUAUUUGACAAUGCAUUCCUAACGCAGUCAAGGUUUAUUCUGAUGGAAAGCAUCCUGAUACAAUUUUCGCUAUUUGGUUUGCUAUGUGUUGCCAAAUUUAGAAAGAUUAUGGACAAGCCCUUCACAAUAUCCUGGUGGAUCUGGCUAUCAUUGGGAGCUUUUAAUUUGUCCUGCGCUUUAUGCGUAAAGUACGUUGGAUUCUACUCACUUCUUCUUUCGGUUGCUCUGAUCGCCCGUGAUUACUGGAGUCUGAUUCCACAGAGAUAUUUGUCUGCAGGUCUCCUGUAUGUUCAUUUGUUUGCAAGAAUGUUCGUACUCAUAACUAUCCCAGUAGUGGUAUACGUCGGGGUGUUUUAUGUCCAUUUAUCUAUCCUGACGAAAGCUGGACCCCACGAUUCGGUGAUGACCAGCGCCUUCCAGGCUAGUUUGGAAGGCGGUUUGGCGAGCAUUACUAAAGGCCAACCCUUAGAAGUUACACAUGGCUCACAAAUAACUCUGCGACAUACCCACGGUAGAGCAUGCUGGCUGCACAGCCAUAAUCAAGUGUAUCCGCUUCGUUAUCCGGACAAUCGGGGAAGCUCCCAUCAGCAGCAAGUGACUUGCUACUCAUUUAAAGAUGUGAAUAACUGGUGGAUAGUCAAGAGACCAGGAACAGAUGGUCUGGUUGUGACCAAGCCAAUCGAUCCCAUAAAGCACGGGGAUGUGAUUCAGUUGGUACACGGAAUAAGCAGUCGAGCGUUAAACUCGCAUGACGUAGCUGCACCGAUGUCUCCGCAGAAUCAAGAGGUGUCUUGCUACAUAGAUUACAACGUUUCUAUGCCAGCACAAAAUCUAUGGAAAUUAGAUAUAAUUAACCGCGAUCAGACUGGGCCGAUUUGGCACACUAUUCAAAGCCAGAUACGGUUGAUCCAUGUGAACACAGAGCAGGCACUAAGAUUUAGCGGUAGACAAUUACCGGACUGGGGAUACAAUCAGCACGAAAUUGUAGCAGAUAGAAUAAUUGAGCAGCCAGAUACAGUUUGGAAUGUUGAAGAGCAUAGAUAUACUAAAAGUGAGGAUCAAAAGCAACGGGAAAGAGAAUUGGUCGGAGCUGAAAUGAUACCGCUGCGUGCUACUACGUUGAGCUUUUGGGAAAAAUUUUUGGAAUUGCAAACAAAGAUGUUCUUCAGUGCCCAGGAAGGCCAAAACAGUCAUAUGUAUUCUAGCGAACCUUUAGAGUGGCCAAUGAUGACACGUGGCAUUGCCUACUGGGUCUCGACUGAGAGUAACGCACAAGUGCAUUUGCUGGGUAAUGUAAUCGUUUGGUACUCUGGGACAGCAUCGAUUCUGAUAUACUUUUUAAUGCUCGUCUUUUACUUAAUGAGGCGUCGGAGAUUGUGCUUUGAUAUAUCAGAUCAGGAGUGGAAAAGAUUCGUUAAUUUUGGUGAAGUUCUUCUUGUUGGAUAUCUCCUGCACUAUCUGCCCUUCUUUUUCGUAGAGCGCACUUUAUUUCUGCACCAUUACUUACCAGCAUUUGUAUUCAAGGUCUUAAUAACAUCAGCGGUCAUUGACCAUCUGCACUAUUUAAUUGGAGAACGACUGAAAUGGCAUAUUACCUUGUUUUUAUUCAAAACAAGCAUCGCAGCAUGGAUAGGUAUGAUUAUAUAUGUAUUUAAAAAAUUUGCUGUUUUAAGCUAUGGUACAACUCCACUGACAGUGACAGAAAUAUUGAAAUUGCGGUGGCGUGACACUUGGGAUUUCAUUAUCCACAAAACUUGAGUCAAAAAAUUGUACGCAUUUUACUUCGAUCUGAUCAAGUAAUAAUUUAAUACCUGAUGAUGUUAUUUGUACUAAAAAUAUUCGUUUUCAACUAAUACUGUCUUAUUAUCGUCGCAGUCGCGAAGAAGAUAGAUUGCAGCUAUU